AAUAAGGGUUGUGUAUGUUUAUUAGAAUCACCCGAAUUCAUAGGAUCGGGCUUGUAAAUAUUGGUAUUAUUUAUGGUGAAAUGAGCAGCAGUUUAACAAACGGACUUGAUGUGUCCCAUUUUAUCGCUCUCAAAGCAUUUGACAUGACGAACGGCACAUGAAUCACGCAGUAAAGAAUUAUCACAGGAUAAAUAUUUACGGAACCUGUACUCACUUAUGUAACCUACUUUGUAACUCCCCAAUAUAAUUUUAUCAGUGUUUCCACAAGGAUAAGGAUAAUUGGUAAUUAAACGCAUAUUUGUAUGAACUUGAGUACUCAUCGGAUUAGGAUAACUAAGCAAUGCACUGGGAUUAUUGAUGACCUGGAGAACAAUUACAUGCACUGCCUCACAACUAAUACACGCAGUUCUAGCAUCGUGGAGGGAAUGCUGCAGCAUUUGUAAUAGCUUUCUUUCCUGAUUUGGUAUGUUGAUUCAUGCAUCUAAUUGAUCUUCCAUCUGCACAUGCAGUUGAUCACCAAAAUCACACAUAAGGGAUUAUUUCUGCAACUCAAGGGUAAUUUCUCUAACCUUUUGGUUAUCCUGUAAAUCGUUUUUGAAAUUUCGCCUUUACACAGCAUUAGAAAUUAGUACACUUUACAUGGUUUUAUAGUAGUUCUUUGAUAGUUGCAUAGAGAUGUGAAACAGUUUUAUCUGGGAAUGCUAAAGUUUAUAAUAAGCUAUAAGCAUCCUUUCCAUUGAAUGUGAGGAAAUUAGCCUUCAUUUUAUCAUCCUUAACUUCUUUCCUGGUUAGGCUUCAGAUUACAGACCUUUCCAUGUAAUCUUCGAAAACGUCAAUUGAAUGUACAUUCAAAUAUUUUAUCAAAGUAUCCAUCGCGACGUCGGUAUAAUGGUUAGAAUUAUUCUAAUUGACGUGCUUACUAAGAAUUCCAGAAAUGGGGCAAUUUACAGCAAGUAGAACUAGAAGGGCACAAACGAACAUAUUACAUUUGGAAUUCGUAGCCAGCGGACUAUAAAAUACAAAAGAAUCAUUAUUUCGUAGAAAAGCCACAUAAUUACAAAAUAAUCAUAUUUUGUCACACACAUAGUAAUUGGAUCGCCUAUUUAUUGAAUUUAUAACGCGAUACACACUAAGUUACAUAGCCUAGUAGGUCGGUGAAAUAGUUAGUUUAGGCCAAAAAUAUUUGUAAGUUGAGCUACGCGGAUGGUGCCUCUUCCCCCAACAUUAUGACUAAAAAAAGGUGGUCUUGUGUUUGGUCACAAAUUUGAGUUCGGUUGUCUUAAUUUGAUCGUUUGAGUACAUGCUCAUAUAUUCGUCCUUAAGCCACACUUCAGGUAUGAUGUAUUAUAAUGCUGCCCAAACUGAAAUAGGUGGAGCGAUGCACAAAUAUGUGACCUGGUAAGUAAAUGUAGGAUACCUUAACUACCAAAUUAUCCCCUUAGUAAGUUAGAGCUUGCAUGUAUAUGUUUGUUUGUCAUUCUUAUGUUAGUGAUGUUAUAUUAGAAAGCUUUAAUUUUACUUUGGCUGUGAUCACGAACUUCUUUAGUAAAUGCUUUGAGACAAAGCAGGUUUUUCGUGAUACUGAAAAUCGACCUAAAAAAUAUAGAGAACUGUCAUUUAUAAAACCGAGUGUUUGCACAGUCCAUGUUCAAUAUAUUUUACACAUAAACUUUCUCGAGUGGAAUGUUACUUAAUUCUCUGUUACUUCAAUUCUCACAUAAAUGCAUUCUUUCCUAUUAAACGUCGACAAUUAGGUAUGUUUAGUUUUCAUGAGUUACUAUGUUCCUGAUAGUUUGUAGCCACUAAAUGAUGUCUUCUAUUCUGUUAUGUACCAAAAAUAUUCCGAUUGAUGUUAUUGUUUUUCAUUGAAAGUUUUGUUUAAAAACUUCUAUAGCUAGGAAUAUAUUAUUAUCUGUCAACAGCUCUUAGCGCUUUGAUACUUCCGUACCCUGUACAAAUGGGAAUUGGGGACACAAGUGUGGAAGUUGGUGUUCGUGUUCGACCAUUGUCAGACAGUGAAGUGAAUGACGGUAGUUCGACCUGUUUGUCAUAUCCAAAUGAAGAAAAUCAGCUAAUAAUUGGAAACGACAAGCUUUUUGUCUUUGACUAUGUUUUCAAAGAAACAGAUUCUCAAGAGUAUGUUUACAAAAAGGCUGCACUUGCAAUGGUUGAAAAUAUUCUCAAAGGAUACAAUGCUACUGUGUUUGCCUAUGGUCAAACUGGAAGUGGAAAACAUAUACAAUGGGUACAUGUAUCUCCGAAAGUGUGGUAGAAGAAUCCACUGGUAUUGUUCCUCGAAUUACUAAGGAUUUAUUUGAGAAAAUGCCAAAUUAUGAGUAUGAGUAUACAGUGAAGGUUUCAUUCCUGGAGAUAUAUAAAGAGGAUAUACAUGAUCUGUUAGGCGAAGAUGUAUCUGCAUCCCUACAAAUACGUGAAGAGAAUCAACUUGUUAAGAUUCCAGGCCUAACUGAAACAGUGGUCACAUCUUCGGAAGAAGUUCUUUAUCUUCUUCACUGUGGCUCAACAAAAAGAAGCGUUGCGAGUACGGCGAGAAAUUUAAGAUCCAGUUGCAGUCAUGCCAUCUUUACUCUGUUUUUUGUUGCGGCCAAAGAUAGCAGCAAUGGAUGAGGAGAAUACAGGAGGUACAUUAACAGCUAAAUUACAUUUAGUCGACCUAGCUGGCUCUGAACGAAUUAAGAAAGCACAUGCUGAAGGUGACCGACUUAAAGAAGAAUAGUCCACCUACUACUAGACUGAUUAUCGACAACAAAUCAUCAAACACCCGUAUAGUUCGUCAAUAUAGCAGUAAUAAUAAUUGUACAUUUACUUUGUUAAGUGAUGAUGAGAAUGAGAAUGUAUAUCCGCAAACAAACAUUGCUACCGAUAAAUCCCUAAACUUCGGUGAUGAUGGAAACACUAGUGAUGAAGACGAACCAAGAGUGAAUUUAAAAAAGUUGAAAGCGAACGAAGUUUACCAUUUACAGUAGUCACUGAUAUUAAUUGAAAAUCUGAUGCAGAUUCACAUAAACGUCGAUGUAAAUGCCGAGCAACAUGUCAAGCACGGUGUAGUUGUAAACGUUCUGGUCGUCCAUGUGUCCCAUCACAUUGUCACUGUGUAUUAGGUCUAUGCAAAAAUCGUUCAGAUUCAUCAUCGCAAAACAGUCAAAUAGUCAGUUCAGUCGAAAAUCCUGCAACUGUUAUGGGACCACCAUCUGGAUUUCCCGUUAUAUUACGUCCCAAACGUAAAACUCGUGCACUACAAAUUUGAUUGAAGAACAACAAAAAUAAACAUAUGACUCACACACUGAUGAAUGAAACGUAUAAUUUAAACAAACAACAAACUUGUACAUCCAUAUCAGAAAAUAAUGAUAAUGAUGAUUUACAAUCUCCAACUGACAAUUCGCAACUAUCUGACGGUGGGUCACUUCGUUAUUUAUGGCCUAAAAAUCGUUUAUCUUAUUUUCCCAGUCCACUAUUGCGUUCAGACAGAUAAACGUUUUCUACCGGCCAAAAAUCUCCCAGAAAUGUACUUCACCAUCCUGUCUACAUUGGUUUCCUUUCUUAGUUUAGAACACUUGUACGUGGUUUCUGUGUAUGGACGCUAUUAUUUUAUCUCUUUUCCCUUCUUCUAUUCAGUUUAUGUAUAUAUUUGUUGCUAAAGACAGAACCAGUAGGAUAACAUUAAUUUGUGUGUUGUGUUUUGCUUCUUUAUUUUUCACAAUCGUAGUCCAUUUCAUUAUGUAUAUUUUGGCUUCGAUAUCGUGAUUUGUUGUUCAUUAAAGAAUAAAUACACUAAAACAAUCGUUGUGAAACCGUUCCUGGUUUCCUCUUGUAAUUCCAUAUUGUUUUUCUAUUUUUUCCCCGAA